AUACUGAUAGCCUGGUCCUGGCUUCGCCACUAGUAAGUGAUCCAUAGCCAGAAACCGGAGGACGCCCCCGAGCCCGGAAAACCGAACUGAAGCGUCCAGUCUCCAAGGGCGCGAAGCCGCGCGCGUGCCUGCCUGGCGCUGGCGGACACCCUCCCGUUCACCACUUCCCAUUCCACUCCAACCUCCUCCUCGGGAGAGAUCCGCUCCCUGCCUCCCCUGCGGCCUCCUCUUUCUCCGCGCAAACUCGCCGUGGCAGAGUAAUCUCGCGCCGGCCCCUCGCUCAUAUCGGGGGGAAAGAAAGGUUCUUGGGAUGCCCGGGGCCGGUGUGAAGCCGCCGGCGCCGCCAGUCGAGGCCGCGACGGGGCUACCGCCGCGCAGGUUGACACCUUCGAGAGUCUCCGCCAAGCGGUCCUGGCCGCCCGGGUGCGGUCGGUUCCCUGCGCCUCUGCCCGCGCCGGCCUCUCCGGCCGCGGCAGGUCCUGAGGUGAAUGGCGUUGAUGGCGCCUUCACCAUCGUCGGCGGCAGGGCCGACGACGAGGCCGCCCCCGCUGUCAUUUCGCCUUCGGCUCAGAACGGAUGCCCGGAUAAGGUGGAGGAGGCCGUCGCCGCCGCCACAGUUUCGCCUCUGCCCGAGAACGGCGCCCCGCCUCGGCCGCAGGGGUCGGAUAAGGUGGAGGAGGCCGCCGCCACAGUUUCGCCUCUGCCUGAGAACGGCGCCCCGCCUCGGCAGCAGGGUUCGGAUAAGGUGGAGGAGGCCGUCGCCGCCGCCACAGUUUCGCCUCUGCCUCAGAAUGGCGCCCCGCCUCGGCAGCAGGGGUCGGAUAAGGUGGAAGAGGUGGCUGAUCCUGCCGCCGUUUCACCUGUGGCUCAGAGUUGCGGCCUGCCUCACCAAGAGGAUGAUAAGGUGGACGAUCUCUCAGCUGUUUUGCCUGCAGCGCGCAGCAGCGCCCUCCCACAUGCCCUGCCUCAGUCAGGGCCGGAGAGGGCUAGGCAGGAUGGAGACGGUGGGGAGAACGGAGAGGUGCAAUUGGUGGGCGGUGCAGUCAAGCUGUCAUCGGAUGGUCAGCAAGGGGACAGGGUGGUGCAGGUGGCAGGGCCAACGUUAGAAGUACUGGGGAGCUGUACCACUGUUGGUGCUAGUUCUAUGCAGAACGGUGGCGAGGGGGAUGGCUUGUUGGUGGCAGCAGAGAAGGGCUGUGGUGGCAGCAGCGAUAUGGGGCAGGAGGUUGCUGCUAAUGAUUUCACAGAGAUUGAAAACAAAACAGGCACUGGUGAGUUACAGGGAAAGGAAAAUGGAAUUGCAGGAAGCAGAACAAAACGGUGGUCGUCGGAAUCGUCUCUGAAUCCGCUGCCUAAGAGGAGGGCAGUCUCAGCCGUACGCAAAUUUCCACCUGGCUGUGGGAGGACUAUUGUUACCACCGCAGACAGUGGUGUUUUGGAGGUCUCACCUAUACGCUCAUUUGCUCCUAGUUUUGGGAUGUCUGCUGUUAAUACCACAGGCAGUGGAGAUAGGGAGUGGUUGCCUUCAGAAGCCACCCCUGUCAACAAUGGUGAUGCCUUGGUGGCAAUUCCGGUUUUAGUUUUAGGAGAAUCGGCUUUUCCAACUUCAGCAAUAGAGGCAUCCAAUAAGAAAGUGGAAAGCAAGAAAAUAGUGGAUGAAGGACAUAGCAAGGCUCACAAUAGGGUCCAAGUUCGAGAUGAUUUUGCCGGUACCAAACAAGACGGUGACCAGCGAAAUGUUGUUUCAAAAGCUACACAGAGGAAUGUUUCUGAUGAGAAGAUGAAUGGGAAAUUCUCGGCACAUAAAGGGGAGCAGGUAGCACAAGAAAUGGUGGAUCAUAAGAUGAAAAAUGAACUUGAAAGUAGCUUGCAAAGAAGUAAUCUUAGGACACCUUUGAGCAAUCCCAUUGAUGUAAAGGUAAAGAGGUUGGAUAGUGGCAAGAUGAAUGCUGGAUUGCUUGGUAAUGCAAGGUCCUCUGCAGGUGGGAAGAUGCAAAGUAAGACUCUGAGUGCUAAAAAGGAAGUGUCCUCAAAUAUGAACACAAAGCAAAAUAAGUUUGCUCAUAAGUUGAAGAGUGAUGACACAAGCAAGGGUAAUUUGCAUUUGUCCGCUAGGGAGUCCAAGCUUGGAACACAUGUUGCAAUCAAUCAAAUUGAAGAGCCUAACCAAAUAAUUGUACAAGCAUUGAUGGCUCCUGAUAAUUGCCCUUGGACACGAGGAAGAAAGUCAUUUGCUAGUGCUUCCAAGUCUCUUGUUCCUAGGAACAAGCUUAAGGGAAAGGAUGGUAGUGCUUCCAAGUCUCUUGUUCGUAUGAACAAGAUAAAGGAAAAGGACACCACUCGAAAAGAUAUACUAGCAAGAAAAGUGACCUCUAAUGAAUCGAUCAAUGAUGAGACAAUGGAUGAUAAUGAGACACGAGGAAGAGAACCUAUUGAUAGUACUUCCAAGUGGCUUGUUCCUGUGAACAAGCUAGAUGCUACUCCAAAUGAUAUACCAGUAGGGAAAGUGGUAUCUUGUGACUCGAGCAAUGAUGAGGCAAUGGAUGACAAUGAUGGCAUUAUCUUGGAAGAUGAUGACAACUCUAGGGCGCUAGUUGUGUAUGGACAAAAACAAGAAAUGUGUCUCACGGUUCUUCCGGUUGUUCCUUCCGGGUCACACCACAAGCAAUCUCGGGACCAUGAUAUAGAUGCUCGAAGCAAAGUUAGGAAGUUGCUCCAGUUAUUCCAGGCGACAUACCGAAAGCUUACACAAGUUGAGGAACAAGGUAAACGCAAAGUUGGAAGGAUUGACAUUGAAGCAGCUAAGGCACUAAAGAACGACCCUAUUUAUAAAAAGCUUGGGGCUGUUGUGGGAAAUUUUCCCGGUGUCGAAGUUGGCGAUGAAUUUCAUUUUAGAGUUGAGCUGUCCAUAAUUGGUCUCCAUGGCCCACUUCAAGCAGGUAUUGCCACUUCUAAGGUGAAUGGUAUCAAUGUUGCUAUAAGUAUCGUUGCCUCUGGUGGCUAUCCUGAUGAAUUAUCAAGCUCAGAUGAACUAAUAUACACUGGUUCCGGAGGGAAGGCUGGUGGGAAUAAAGAAGGAGAUGAUCAAAAGCUUGAGCGGGGUAAUCUUGCCUUGAAGAAUUGCAUUGAAACCAAGACCCCGGUUCGUGUGAUUCAUGGGUUCAAAGGCCAAAAUAGAAGUGAAAUUGGUCAUUCUAAAGGCAAGCAAACUUCAAUAUUUAUAUAUGAUGGAUUGUACGAAGUGUUGGAAUGUUGGCAAGAAGGCCCAAAAGGCGAGAGGGUCUUCAAGUACAAGUUACAGAGGAUCGCAGGGCAACCUGAAUUAGCCCUACAUGCAGUUAAGGCAACGAGGAAGUCCAAAGUUCGUGAAGGUCUUUGUUUGCCUGAUAUAUCUCAAGGAAGGGAGCGGAUACCCAUAUGUGUCAUCAACACAAUUGAUGACAUGAAGCCAGCACCAUUUAAAUACAUUACCGAAGUCAUAUAUCCAGAUUGGUAUGAAAAAGAACCACCAAAAGGUUGCAACUGUACAAACGGCUGCUCGGACUCUAUUACAUGUGCUUGUGCAGUGAAAAAUGGAGGGGAAAUCAUGUUCAAUUUCAACGGUGCGAUCGUCGAGGCCAGGCCUCUCAUAUAUGAGUGUGGUCCAUCAUGCAGGUGCCCGCCAACAUGCCACAACAGGGUGAGUCAGCAUGGUGUCAAAAUUCCACUAGAAAUAUUCAAGACAGGCAAGACAGGUUGGGGUGUAAGAUCCCUCAGUUCUAUAUCAUCAGGCAGUUUCAUAUGUGAGUAUACCGGUGAGCUAUUGGAAGAUGAAGAAGCUGAAAAGAGAGAGAAUGAUGAGUAUCUAUUUGAUAUUGGUCAUAACUACCAUGAUAAAGAACUUUGGGAGGGGCUGAAGUCAGUGGUUGGUCUAGGAUCUGCUACCUCAUCUUCUGAGACCAUGGAAGGCUUCACAAUAGAUGCAUCUGAGUGUGGCAAUGUGGGAAGAUUUAUCAACCAUAGUUGUUCACCAAACCUCUAUGCCCAAAAUGUUCUCUGGGACCAUGAUGAUAUGAGGAUGCCACAUGUUAUGUUUUUUGCUGUUGAGAAUAUCCCGCCACUACAGGAGCUGACCUACCACUAUAACUAUAAGAUAGGGGAGGUCUACAUAAAUGGCGAGGAGAAGGUUAAACAUUGCUACUGUGGCGCCUCGGAUUGCUGUGGAAGGCUCUACUGAAACAUUAUUGACUGUUGUUAGCUCUAUGUUUUGAACACCUCUGUCCUGUCUCUGCGGUACCCUUCUAUUCUCAGUUCGCCUUGUCUUGUCGGCGUUCUGAUGUUUACAGCAAGCUGCAUUUGAUCUUGCUGUUUUCAUUUAGAAAAAAAAAAACAUUCUGCUUCGCUCUACUGUGUUUUGAAUUGUGAAUGAAUUUUGAAUGGAACCCCGUUGUACCA